UGUCACCUGUGGUGAAGGGCAUUUCAGCUACUGGUUGCAGCAGCUCUGCCUACCCAGAGGCACUGGCAGAGUUUAAAUUCACUUCAAACUCAGCUGCAGCUGCCCUGGGGAGCCACAGUUUGAGAAGGUUUCGUUUUGUUUAAAUGAAGAGGUCCGUGGCAGAGCUGCUGUGUGACAAUCUCCUCCCUGCUGCUGGCUGCCAUGGCUGAUCCCAUCACUGAGGAAAUCGUGUCCCAAGUGCCCGAGCUGUGCUGUGAGUGUGGCCAGGCUCACCCCUUGCUGGACAAUCACCUGUACAACUUCCAGGACGAGGUGGACGAUGAGCUCAUCUGCCACAUCUGCCUGCAGCCCCUGCUGCAGCCCAUGGACACGCCCUGUGGGCACACAUACUGUUUCAAGUGCCUGGAGAACUUCAUGCAGGAGUACAGCUUUUGUCCCAUGGAUCGCAAGAAGCUCUCCUUCCUGCAGUGCCACAAGUCCAGCCUCCUGGUGCGGAACCUGCUGGAUAAGCUGAUUGUGCUGUGUCCCUUCAAGGCUGAGUGCCAGCAGACCAUGCAGCGCUGUGAGCUGGAAGCUCACCUGCAGAACAGGUGUCCUGGGUUUAAGAAAUACAAAUCUGAACUCCAGCGGAAAAAGAAUCCCAUUCCCAAAGGGAAGGAGGAUCCUCCUGCCAAGGGGGAGACAAACAAGGAUCCAGAGGUCCCAGGUGGAGGCUCCUCACUUGUGGCAGAAAGCUCUGGAGCUGCUGUGGUGUCACUGGGGACUGCAGAGCCUGGACUGGUUAACCCAGCUUUUGAGGAGACUGAAGAAGACCUUCCUCAAAGAACCAGUCUUGUGGCUGAAACAACCACCAUCGAAAUCCACCGGGAAGAUCCUGAGGAAGAGCUGGGGAUGAGGAUAGUUGGGGGUAAGGACACCCCCCUAGGGAACAUCGUUGUUCAGGAAGUGCUGCGGGACUCUGUGAUUGCUGCUGAUGGAAGAAUUGCUCCUGGAGACCACAUCCUUGAGGUGAAUGGCGUCAACAUCAGCAGUGUGACUCACUGCCAGGCUGUCUCCUUCCUGCGCCACCCAGGCCCUGUUCUCCACCUCAUGGUCCUGCAGGAGAAGGGCUUUUCCAACAAGACUGCACAGCAGGAUUCCCCUUGCACACACCGGGAAGUGAUCCAUGUCACCUUGGUAAAGAGAGACCGGUCCGAACCCUUGGGAAUCAAACUGAUCAGGAAGACUGACGAGGCAGGGAUUUUUAUUCUGGAUCUCUUAGAGGGAGGCUUGGCAGCCAAGAAUGGGAAGCUGAGUCGGAAUGACAGAGUCCUGUCAAUAAAUGGCCAGGAUUUGAGGCAAGGAACUCCUGAGGCUGCUGCCCAGAUAAUCCAGACCACGGAGUCCAGAGUGAACUUUGUGAUCCUGAGGCAGCCUGGGGUGCAGCUAGGGGAGCCAGUGGAGGAUGGCAGCACCUCCAACAGCAGCAGCAGCAGCAGCAGCAGCAAUGGGGGGAGCCCAGUGCACCACAGGAGGCGACCAGAACAGAACCACUACAGACGAAAAUCCAGCUACCAGAAGGAUUUGCCUCAGGGAUAUGUAAGUCAUGAGAAGACAGUUGCAAUAAAAAAGGAGCCAAAGGAAUCUUUGGGAAUCACGAUUGGAGGUGGAAGGGAUAACAAAAACAAGCUCCCUAUCUAUGUGACAAGUGUGCAGCCCAUUGGAUGCCUCUUCAGGGAUGGCAGAAUCAAGAGAGGGGAUGUACUUCUGAGCAUAAAUGGCAUCGAUUUGACUCAUCUGAACUACUAUGAAGCUGUGUCAGCACUGAAAUCCAAUGCAGCUUCCCACUCAGUGACACUGAAAGCCUUGGAAAUCCUCUCCCUGAACUCCCCAGAGCCAUCCCUGGACAUCAGGGAGCAAGGAUUCAGCUGGUCUCCCCUCUGGAUCACGUGGCUUGGAUUGCCCAGCUACCUUCACUUCUGUCAAGAUAUCGUCCUUAGUAAAGGAAACCUGGAGAGUUGGGGUUUCAGCAUCGUGGGAGGCUUUGAGGAAAGCAAAGGAAACCAACCCUUCUUCAUCAAAACCAUCGUGCCCGGGACUCCGGCAUUCCGGGACAGGAAACUCAAGUGUGGAGAUGAAAUCGUGGCAGUGAACGGAGUGCCAGCAAUAGGAAUGAGCAACUCGGAAUUAAUCCCAAUGCUGAAGGAGCAGAGGAACAAAGUGACCCUGACUGUGGUGUCCUGGCCAGGGAGCCUCGUGUGACAGCUCCACCAAAGCCCCAACACUUCCAGGUAUCCAACAGCAGCUAGACACCACCCAGGCCACAGCUGGGAGGGAAAAAGGGACUGCUCCACUCCUGCUCCCAGUGCAUUGCCACGGAAGACUCCUCGCUUCCUUUUCAUGGAAAACAUUUUACCAACAAACCUGGAUGUCAAAUUCAAAGUAAGGGUUAAUCCCACAGUUGUUGGAGCUUCCCAGGCUCAUUACAGCUCCUUAGGCCUGGUGGUGCACAGAAAACUCUUCCCAGUGUUUCUCCACGACCUGCCCUGGAGGCUGCUGAGGCUUGCCUUGAUUUUCGGGCUCUGCUUUCCACGGAGUAUUUGAACAGGUUAAAACAGAGGCUUUUAGAAGCAGCUACUAAAUCUGUAAGGAUGGGGACCCAAUUUAGGCACUUGUACCCAUCAGGAUUUCCCAGUCCUCAUUUUUAGGUGUCAGUAACCCCAGGAAUGUGUUAAUACAAUAAAACUCGGAGCUGCUGGGCCAGUUCCCUGUAUGAGGGUCCUGUCACAAAUCCUAAUGCAGGAUCCUGCCAACUCCACUGAUUUAUUGCAAAGGGACAAUUUCAACAGCUUAAAGAACCACUCUCAAAGGUAUCAGAAACAGGAGUUUCAUUGAAAUAUGUUGCAAAAUGUGACUUUACCAAAGGUCAAGGGCAAGGUUCACUUAUUGCACACAAGUUUCCCUGGUUUUAGGAUUGAUAAAGCAGCUUUUUCCCCAGAAGGAAGGUGAGGAGGGGAAUGGGCUGGCCCAGCCUGAUGCCCAUUUUAUUUUUGUUUCCAGUGAUGAGGGGCAGAGUUCAGGCAGGAGCAGGAGGGCACCUGUCAGAUUUCUCCCACAGUUCUGUUCACGUCCCUCUUGCAGCUGGAGCAAAAUAUCAACUCAUGGGAUCAGGGGAAGCUCAAAGGAUCCUUGGCUGCAGGAAAAGUCACCUCCAGAAAGAGACUGUGCUCAGCCCGCCUUCAGUUCAAACCCACUGUGCAGUUAAAAUUCACAACUGAAGAACUGAAGCCCAGGCAGGGUGGUUUGACCUCUGACACUGUGAAAGUUCCUACUUGCAAACUCCACCUGAAGCAAUUCCCUUUUUUUAGCAGCUUAAUGAGCAGUAGAAAUGAUGGGUUUUUCUCAAAGCAGGUUUCACUGAGAGAUCUUUCCUCCUGUGCUGCCUCUGCUGCACCUUUUGCAGGACCAGCUUUUUAAGAAUCCAGGGAGCCUGCUCCUUGUCCAAAUGCUGCCUGGAAUGAAUGUUUAAUUCCUUGGAGCAGCCCUGCAGGAAGGAGCCCAGCCUCAGCUGAAGCUUCUCCUGGGCUGGCAGUUUGUCAUUUGCUGUCCCUGGGCCUUGUUUACACACAGUGACUUCACCUCCUGCGCUGGGAGCUGCGGGCAGGGACAGCAGGGCCUGUCCCAGAGCCCAGGACACAGCAGGAACCUCGGAUCAUCCUCACAGCAGCCCUGGCUGGGCUGAGCAGAACCUCUGGGGACUCUGACAGAACCUCUGGGGCUACCUGGGCUCCAGGGCUGCUCUCCUGUUGUUCUACUGAAUGCUGAGAGCAAAAUAAUCCACUGAGGAAAACUCAUCAUUGACCUCGCUGGGACACAAAAACGUGAAGCAAUUUUUUAUCUCUUUCCAAUCAAUGUGCAGAAUCUGUGCCUGGAACAGUAAAUAUUGAUGUGGACAGAGAGAGGGUGAUUCCCACUGCCUGCCCCAAAGGUGGGGAAAGGGCAGGAGGGAAGAGCUGUGCAGCUGCUGGGCUGGCAGUGGAGGGAGGAGGAGGAGGAGGAGGCUGCAGAACCAUUUUUACUCCAUCUCCUUUCAAGGUGCCUUCAACUUCACCAAAAUGUCCUCAUAAUUUAAAUUUUGUUUCCAAAAUCAGCUCGUUGUUAAUAGAUGUUGAAUUUGUUUUGAUGCCUUUAUAAAUUAUUGUAAUAUUGCUGAAAAAUAUGCAUUAGA